GCCAGAGGCGGGGCUUGGCCGCGCCGGGGCACAUAUAAGGGGGGCCGAACCAGAGGUUCGGGUGCUGUUGUGGGUCCUGGGUCCUGGCUGCGUCGCUGCUCGUCGUCAUCUUUUCGUCUCCGACCACGUGGCUGUUCUUUUGCAAGACCCUCUCCAUCGCUGUGCUAGUUGGACAGCUAGCGUAGCGUAUGUGUUAGGAUCGCCCAUAUGUAGCUGCGUUACAUAAUUCAUCGCCCCCGUGUGCUCUUAAUAAACAAGAAUCCUUCUACUCGAUGUGUCUCGGAAGUCGCUCACUACACAUGGAUAGACUUUGUAAGCAGGCUUUGCACUUGUCCAGGAUGCACGGAAUAUGUGGUUACAUUCCUACAGGUUGAAAUGUCUCUAGUAAAUUACCAGAGUGUGCUGUGCUAUUCUGUUGUGUACCAUAUCCCAAUCCCAAUGUGGAUACUGCAUUACUGGUCCUUUUGCAAAAGCAUCUUGAUGGACUCUGACGUCUGUUAUACAUUUUUUUUCACUGUAUAUAAACAAUGUCAGUGUCAGUUUUUCAGUUGCAAUCCAUGUGAAAUAAACGAGUGCAUGGCUGUUUGUAGACCGCUUGAGUAGAAGCUGGCUCUUGUUAUUGGAAAACAUAAAAAAAUAUUUACGAGCAAUAGAGCCUGAGUGCCACCAUCUUUGUUCCACGAUGUUUACACGUGUAUGUUGAACUUCUUACGUAGCCAAUCACAUUAAUCGGAGGUGCGGGAGAAGGAAACAAACUUCACGGAAAAAGCCAGUCCUAAAGAAAUUAUUUUUCAAUAUCGGUGAUUUAAAAGUGUGCGUAGCCCCAGUGGCUUCCUAAUAUCGGAAGGAGGAGCGUUCCAGACAGUCGCAGAAUCGCAUCUAAAAGCGUGACCAUCUUUGUUCAAUGGUUAGCCAAAAGUCGCUGCUGUGAGGAUGACCGGAGUUCACGUGAUGGUGGUUUAUGCUCCUUGGCGAGAUCAGCAAGGUGUUGCGGUUGACUUUGUGACAAGCACUUUGUGUGUAAUGGAGUGCGACCUUAUAAUAUAUUUGUUCGGCAACCGGAAAACAUCUAAAUGUAGGAUAUGUCUUAGUGCAAUUAAAGGAACAUAUUUUGGUGAAACAUGUAGAAGUCACAUCGCUUUGUAAUUUAUUCACUUAGCGUAUUGGACCUUGAUAUUAAAUUAUAUUGAGUGGUCGUGACCAUGAGUGAGUGAUUGUAUUUCAUCACCUGUGAACGCCAAAACAUUAUGCGACGUUUAUUCUUUGGGUACGGUCCCAGUGUGGACUAUGGUAGCCAGCCCCACAAAGCCACUUAUGCAACUGGCGCAGCUGUUCAGACCAACUAAUUCUCAGGGUCAAAUUACACGGUGUUUGUUGCUUAUGGCCGUGCACGCUCACUGGUCAAGUCUGUUGGCUGGGUUUCUAUUCAUGCCACGGUUCAAUUUUCACAUUUACAUCUGCGACUUAAUGUAGUUCGUGUAUACGAAAAGGAAGGAUGUAAAUCUGUGAUCUUUAAAGUGACAGGGUCUUAUAUUAGUUGUUAAUUUUCCUGUCCUUAAGGUCAGUGUGUUUCACUUGUUGGAAGAUAUUUCACGUGACAAGCUUGGAUAACUUCACCGAAUUAUUACACUUCUCCAGACUGUUUUGUCAGUUCUUAAGCCUUUUCAAGUAAUUUGGACUGCAUUUUACAAUUGCCUAAGGUCUGCCGUCCCCUAUAUAUAUUUUGAUGUUAUCAGCCAAUUAAUAAGCAUUUAGCUCUUUCAUUAGCCUUACUUUAUAAGUUAUGUUUUUUCCCCUCUAUUACAGUCAUUCACUUUCAAACUUGACAUAGGUAGAAUAGUACAAUUGUGAACAAAAUUAUUGAUCACAUAUUUUGCUUAUAAUCAGUGUUUUUAAUCAUUAAGUAAUGGUAACGCAAAACUGGCCGAAAUGUCUUGUUUUCAGAUUGGCUCUCAUUGGAGCCAUGAACUUUGGUUAAACGGAUGACUGGAUUGCUUUAUUAAAGUAAUGUGAAAGCUCAAUAGGAUGCAUUUUCUCAUUUGUUGGAAAUAUUAUGCAACGCAACAGGGUGCUUUAAAAAUAUAACCCAUCGGUCAUUGUGCUCGCCACUGAGCCAGUUUCCACUGAUUUCAUUGUUCUUAAUCUCACAGCAGUCCACCAAUGCUUCGGGGGAAUUACCUAAAGCACAGCCUCAUACGUCGCCAACUAAUUCCUUUAGAACUGCUUUUUGUGUUUAGGGUGUUGUCCUUCCCCGCACCUCCGAUUAGCACGGUUGGCUACGUACUGUGAAAAAUAAGUUCAACGUACAUACAUCUGGGUAGGUGUUGUAACAUCCUCAAGAAUAUAUUAUUGCAUAGGGUUGUCAUAGUUUAUAUCCCCCAAAAAAUUAAACCUAAAUCUUAAUUGGAAGUAAAUUGCGGAACUACAAUUAUCCAGUUCUCCUGUUGCAAACUAGAUAACAUCCGCGAACUUACCGCUGGUAAAAAUGAAGGACGUUUGCUCGUGCGCCGUGCAGUGAGAGGCCUCGCGAGGUGACCGUGUGGCGGCGUGCGUCUGUGAGUAGGCCGGCCGGCACGUUGCGGCGUUUGGGACAGCCGGCGUUGGGCCGCCCAUGGACAUGUUGGAGCAAUUGAAGGCGGCGGCGGCGGCGGCGGCGCCGGCCGCCUUCCUCUCGGACCUGGGCCGCCCCACGCUGCGCGGUGUCAAGCGCUGCCCCAAGUGCGGCACCUUCAACGGCACGCGGGGCCUCGGCUGCAAGAACAAGACGUGCGGCGCCGUCUUCCGCGACGGCUCGCGCCGCCAGGCCGCCGACGCGGUGCGCGUGAUGGCCGCCGCCGCCGCCGCCGUCGACGGCCCCCUGUUCUCGGUGCGCGCGCGCGACCGGGGCCCCGACCUGCGUGGCUUCGUGGAGCUGCCGGCCCCGGACGACGAGCGCGGCGCGGCCGCGGAGGCUGCGGAGGCCGCGGGGUUCGCGCCGUCGGCCGCGCGCGACGGCCUCUCGCUGGGCGCCGCGGCGGCGGCGGCGGCGCCGGGGGUCCCCCGCUGCCACCUGCCGCGCUGCCAGAAGCGGCUGUCGGACGGCAUCCUCCUGCGGCGCGCCGGCUCCGCUGGCGGAGACGCGGGGACGGCGGCAGUGGCGCGCUGCACGCACGUGCAGACGGCGCAGGGCUGCCAGGACCAGGCGGUGCCGCUCUCGCUCAAGAACUCGGUGCUGAACUCGCUGCAGGUGCCGAGCGAGGUGAAGCAGGCCAUCUGGCUCCUGGCCACGGAGACGACGGGGCCGCUGGUGCAGCGCGUCACGCGCUCCUCCAUGGUGGUCAAGUGCAAGCCGGGCCCUCGCCACCCGCUGGGGCUGCUGCACUGCACCUUCAGCCCCCGCGCGCGCCCCAAGGGCCCGCCCGAGCCCUGGUUCCACUGCGCGUGCCGCCCGGGCAAGCGGCACUGCCGCAGCCUGGCGGGCACCGACCCCGGCGCGCUGUGCGUGCACUUCUACGCGUGCGUGUGCGCCUUCGCCAGCGACCCCAAGCUCUCGCAGGAGCUUGACGCGUACAUCAACCUCGGCGCCAACCCGAUGUUUGAGACGCAGCUGAGCGAUAGCAACGUGAAAGUGCUGACGCCCACGAGCGAGCUGUGCCCCGUUCGAGGCGCAAAGAAGAGGCGGAAGGAAGAGGCCGCAUGGCAGCAGGUGGGCCAGGACCCGGACAGAGGUUCGCUCGAGAGGACGCCGGGUGGCAAGAAGCGACCCGGAUCGCCCAGUGGCAACCGGCAAGCGAUCGCUCAACCGGUGGAGGAGAGUCAGGUGAUCUUGACGUUCCGCGAGUGGUUGUCCAGCGUGACGGAGAGAAUCAACCAGACCAUGCACUACCAGUUUGAUGGCAAGCCGGAGCCGCUGGUGUUCCACGCUCCGCAGGCGUUCUUCGACGCCUUGCAGCAGCGCAUUUCAAUGGGGAACAAGAAAAAGCGGCUUCCAAACUCCACAGUCGGAUUCGUCCGGAAGGACGCCCUGCCGCUGGGGACCUUCUCCAAGUACACGUGGCACAUCACAAGUCUCCAGCAGGUGAAGCAGAUCUUCAGCACGCCCGAGGUGCCGCUGGAGGCGACGCGCAGCUUCGUGGAGAACCGGGACGGCACGUACGACGUGUUCCGCAGCCCGCAGCCGCGGACGGACGAGGCCGGGGACGCGUCCGGCCGGGCCGAGAAGCAGCAGCGGGCGGCCAUCCGGCCCCUGCAGCUCAACACCUUCCUCAAAGUCGGCACCGCAUCUGUGGAGCAGGUGGAGCCGACGCCGUUCGUUGUGGAGUGGGUGCCCGACAUCCUGCCACGCUGCAGGAUCGGCGAACUGCGAGUGAACUUCGAGUACGGCCACCAGCGCAACGGGCAGCCGGAGCAGCGGGAGCGCCCGCUCGAGCCCACCGUCGCCGACGUGCUGCUGCAGUGAGCGUCGGCGGGGCGGCGGGGUGGGGGGGCGAGACGCUGACCGCCGCCCGUAGGCCCCCGGGGGACACCGCCGGCUAGCGUGGCCGGCGCUGCGCUGUGACGCAGGCCUCGCUGUUCUGGGUCCUGCCAUCGCGGGGCCGCCGUCGCGCACAACCCUGCGACGCGUCGGAACUCUGCUGUGUCACAAGCCCCGCCUUCACGUCCUUGCCACCUCUUGCAUCUUCCAGCCACGAGAUCUUCUUUUGAGGUCACGGCGUUCCUCGCCGGUCACAUUGGGGCCCCAAUGGUCCCGCACCUCCUCGACAUCGCGGGCGCUGCCGUCGGACGUUGCACCGCGAUGGGUACCGGAGCCGCACCUCCGAUUAGCACGGUUGGCUACGUACGGUGCGGAAGACGUUCAACGUACAGCACGUACGUAGUCAAAUCCUCUGCUGUCACCUGUAAAGACAUCGCAAGGCACAAUAUCACAUGAUCCGUUACCUUACUCGUAAUUAAGGGCCAAUGCACGAGGCGGCUCCAUACUAAUUACAAAUAUGUUACUGGCAGCCACAGUCAUAAUACAGUUGCACAAAACGUCGGUGUUCCAUGCCGAGGCAGACAACGGUUAGCGUGGCAGGUGAGUGAGAGUUAACGAGUUAAAAUUCCACGGCUCACAAGCUUUGGCCACUUUAGUGUUCCGCUGCCGUUGCCGUUUGUAGCCGGUAACAUCAUCUUAGGUGCUGCACCAACGUGUGUGGCCCAACGCAAACAUGUCGCUCGGCAACAGAACACCUCCAUCCUGUGUGUUCUGUGGGAGCAAAAGUGCAACGGUUAGCGCUACGCUGCGCUACGAACCCGGCCAUCCCAGUUCAAUUCCCGCUCAUGGCCAACACCGGUGACGAUUAUCUUGACCGGUCCUGGGCCUCCCCUAGGUCGACUCAGCCCUUAAAUUAGUACCUGGUGCAGCCGGGACACCCAUCCCCUCGUCUGCCGUGGCGUUCUUCAUAUAUAUACUCGUUAACAGCACUUACCCCAACAGUCUGUUAAGGGUAUACGGGGCAUCUGUGUCUCGUAAGAACAACCACAAUCAUUGGCUGCCAUGGCAAUCAGCUUUGCAAGGUAAUUUCACGUUGUGGAAAACUACAAUUAAUUGGUCAUUCCGGGGUCGAAGUGAACAAAUUGCAACAAAAGCACAAAAGGAGACCUCAAGGCCAUGAAAUGUAAAUCACAAAUAGCGGCCAAAGACAGAGCGCCGAGUCGAUGCCUGUAGAGGUGUUCAUAGCGGGUGCCAUGGUCACACUGUGACCCCCCCCCUGGAAACGAGAUUACAACUUCCACAUAGCUGCGCCCUUCCCCCUGCAUCUUCGAUUAACACAGUUGGCCUCUUACCGCGCGAAAGAAGUUCGACUUACACACGUACAUUUCGCGCUAUGUAAGGUUCGCGUCAACGUUGGCAGGCAUCGUUACGUCCUCCUGGGUCACGUGCAGAUCCCGCGGGAGCAACUCGUGCGAUCGGUGCGUGCCGGAGCGCCGUGAAUCACGCGGUUUGCCUUCUACGCGGCGGGGUUCACCUCCGUCGAAAAUCAUCGCCUCGGACGCGUCUCAGGGGGGCACGUGUGGCGCCCCAACUCGCUGAAACCACGAGCGGAGCCUCGGCGCAUCGGCGUACCAUGGGAACGAAACGACGCGCCGCCAUCAAUGCUCGGCGCCGCCGCCAAUGCUCAGCACCGCCGACGUCUUCCACGGCCGUCCGGACCGUUCGCAGCCCCGGGAGUAAGUUCGUCAGCAACAGCUCACCAAAGAGACCAACUUCGCCGCGGUCGACUCGAGGGCCCCAGCGGUACGCCGCAUUGCAGUUGUUCAGCUGGUCCAUACCGGCGCACAGUGUUACGGCUGCAGAGUUAACACAAGGGCCGCCAUCGAUGGUUUCUGGAGCACUGGCUUUGUUGUUGUUGUUGCUGCUCCUGCCGUGGAGACCGGGAGAUCGAUGGACGACGUUCGGUCGCCGCGUCGAUGAUUGCAUUCGUCGUGAUCCCUCACUCAACAACAGAGUGGGGGGCCGGGUGACGGCUGCCACCUUCCAUUUCACCGCGGUGGAAGGGCUUUGUGGAUGGGCUUUGUGGAUGCUUGUGUCCACCAGGUGGCGGCCACAGAACUUGACAUAAAAUAUUAUCCGGGAAUUUACAUAACGCAACACGUGGGACAGAUUUUAGAAAUUGUACACAGUUCUACACUGAUGCUAACCCUUUCCCGUUCUGGGAUGUCUGCAAGCUGCAAAGUGGGUCUCAUUCACCGCUGAAUCUCGGAGCGUGCAAAUAUUCGUUCGUUUCUCAAUCCGCUUGUCCUGGUGAGGGUUGCGGCAGCAGCAUGUUGAGUAGGGCGGUCCAGACCUCCCUUUCCCUGGCGACAGACUCUAGCUCUUCCUGGGGAAUUCCUAGGCCAGCCGAGCGACGUAGGCCCCGCCAGCGUGUCCUGGGUUGGCCCCGGGGUUUUCGCCCAGUAGGACGUGCUGUUGCCCGGUAGAGUUCUAGGGUGAAUCUCCCGGGGAGCAUCCUUACCAGGUGCCCAAACCACCUCAACUGGCUCCUCUCAAUCCGGACGAGCAGCGGCUCGGCUCUGAGGCUCUCCCGGAUUACCGAGCUUCUCACCCGAUCAUGGAGACUGAGCCCGGCAACCCGCAAAGCCUCAUUUCGGCCCAUUGUACCGAUAUCAGCCUUUUGGCCAUUACCCAAAGAUCAUUACGAUCGUAGGUGAGGGUGGGAACGUAGAUCGACCUGUAAACUGCGAGCUUUGUUCGAGAACUUAGCUCCCGCUUCACUACCACGGAACGGUACAGCGCCCCGAACACUGCGGAUGCCGCACCGAUCCGCGGGCCGAUCUCCCGCUCCCACUUACCAUCACUCGCGAAAGAGACCCCGAGGUACUUAAACUCCUCCACGCAGGGCAGCUGUUCCCCCCCUCACCUGGAGAGCAGACUCCACCGCCUCCCGGGAGUGAACCAUGACCUCAGAUUUGGAGGUGCUGAUCCUCAUCCCAGCCGCUUCAAGCUCGGCAUCAAACCGUUCAAGUGCACGCCGGAGAUCACAGACUGACGAGGCAAAGAGGACAACGUCAUACUCUCCAUACCAUGAAAAUCCCAAACAGGAGUGGAGACAAGACGCACCCUUGGCAGAGUCCGAGGGCGCGCAAGCGGUUCAGAAUUAAUUUUAUUUAGAGAGGCGUAGCGCCGUUGUUUUUAAAUAUGUUAUACUGUACUCACCGCAGAGAACUGUAGCGACACGACCGCACUCUACGAUAGCUGGCGCCAGACUGUGCCACGUGCCCUCCGGCAUGGCCUCUUCCUUCCGAUUGACGUGCGUGUACAUCAUGGAAAUGGGAAAGUGUUAAUAAUGGUCGAGGCACCUUGGAAUGGGGAAAGUUGUUUUGUUUCUGUCCAAUGAUUGUUUGAGCAUCGGAACAUUCUUGACUUUUGACCACUGAAGCAUAUUUCCUGAGAGUACUCUUCAGCUCGCAACGAUGAUUACACUUGUCUUACAAUGUCCUGGUAAAAUACAUAGGCACACCCUUUACAUCCUUUUAUUGCAACACGUCUGUAACCAGCACCAGGUGCCAGUUGCUUUUCAGAUUUUUACGUCACAUAGUGGGUCCUCAUUGGAGCAUAGUGCACGUUUUGUAUGUGUAAGUACAUUGAACUUCUUUCGCACCAUACGUAGCCAACCGUGCUAAUCGAAGGUGCGGGGGGAAGCUCAACAAACUAAACACAACAAGCAGUUCUAAAGAAAUGAGCUUUCAAUCUAGAUUUAUAAGUACAUUUUCAAAUUGUUCACAAAAAAGAAUAACGAUACGUCAUCAUCAUCAUCAGUCACGAUCUGUUCACUGCUGGAUGAAGGCUUCCCUAAGUCCCCCCCCGUACCUCACCAUCUCACGACGUAACGAUGUCACGAGCUCCUCCAUGUCAGCUCGUGACAUUUUAUUUUCUCUCCAUGGCGGUCGUCCUCUUGGGAACGUUGCCUCCAUCAGAUGCCACCGUGUCAUUAAUAACGACUCUCGGCCGGCUUGACUUUCCUCAACCGUCGAUGUGUCUCCCAUAUGUGCGUGUCCUCUGAUCCAUGUGAUCCUCUCUGUCCGUGCGAUUCCAAGCAUGCGACUCUCCACACUUCUCUUUGUACCUGUUAUCUAUUGUGUACGUACAGUCCGUUCUCCUGUAAAAUCGCGUAACAAUAAAUAAUGUAGUAGAGGGUGAAGCGCAGUCCGCGACAACACGUGAGAUGCACACGCAGGUCGAACAAAGACUUAGGCGCGUGGGUAGCAUCUAGAAGCAUCCAGCAGCAUCCCGCCUUGUGCGAUGAUGAUGCUGAUGAUGAUGAUGCUACGCCGAUGCAACCGUACGACCGCUUAUUCCUACUUGCACGACGUAGUUCCGUUCACUCAAUCGCGUGAUAUCCAAUUCGCGUUAUGGAAACACAUGGCGCUAUAGGAGAGCAGACUGUGCACUAUAUGUUGAACUUCCUUUGCCACCGUACGGAGCGAACGUGCUGAUGGUUUUCUUUGUCAUUGUCGGUAUUUGUGACCCUUGCUAUAGCAGGGGAUAUGCAGCCACUGGAACCUUCUCGAGGCCUGGUGCUUUGUUUAUAUUAAUUACUGACUUCGGUUUUCCAAAAGCACUCCUUACCUCUUGUUUUUCUCUCAUCAUUUCUGGCUACAAUAAUUACCCCAAAUGUGUGAAUAUAUACCCUGAAGCGUUUCCAGUUGCGUUCCUCCGAUGAAUAUUUUCAGUUACUUCUAUUCCUGCCAAACAAAAGGUCGAACACAUACUUCACUCGGUAACA